AUGACGUGGAAACCGAUCAUCUGUCUGGCUGCACUUGUUCUCUCGGCAACUGCAAUUCCAGUCGAUAACAAUGUGGAAGGAGAGCCAGAGGUCGAAUGCGGACCAAACUCCAUCACUGUGAACUUCAACACUCGUAAUCCAUUCGAGGGACACGUCUAUGUGAAGGGACUCUACGAUCAAGCAGGUUGCCGAUCCGAUGAAGGAGGUCGUCAAGUUGCUGGAAUUGAACUUCCAUUCGAUUCAUGUAACACUGCCCGUACUCGUUCACUCAAUCCAAAGGGAGUAUUUGUUUCCACAACUGUUGUCAUCUCAUUCCAUCCUCAAUUUGUUACCAAAGUCGAUCGCGCCUACCGUAUCCAAUGCUUCUACAUGGAAUCCGACAAAACCGUCUCGACUCAAAUCGAGGUUUCAGACCUUACCACCGCCUUCCAGACUCAAGUUGUUCCAAUGCCAGUCUGUAAAUACGAGAUUCUUGAUGGAGGACCAUCAGGACAACCAAUCCAGUUCGCUACCAUUGGACAACAAGUUUACCACAAAUGGACGUGUGAUUCAGAGACAACUGACACUUUCUGUGCUGUUGUUCACUCUUGCACAGUCGAUGAUGGAAAUGGUGACACCGUUCAAAUCCUCAACGAGGAGGGAUGUGCUCUUGACAAAUUUUUGCUCAAUAACUUGGAGUACCCAACUGAUUUGAUGGCUGGACAAGAAGCUCACGUCUACAAAUACGCUGAUCGCUCUCAACUCUUCUACCAAUGCCAAAUCUCUAUCACUAUCAAGGAUCCAGGAAGUGAAUGUGCACGUCCAACAUGCUCUGAGCCACAAGGAUUCGGAGCAGUCAAGCAAGCCGGUGCUGGAGGAGCUCAUGCCGCUGCAGCUCCAAUCGCUCAAGCUGGAGCUGAAGAAGCACCGGCAGCCUCUCCAGCCGCCGCUGCAGUUCCAGCCGCUGCUCCAGCCGCCGCUCCAGCAGCUCCAGCAGUUGCUCGUGCAAAUCUCGCUCAAUUGAGAUUACUCAGAAAGAAGAGAUCAUUCGGAGAGAAUGAAGGAAUCCUCGAUGUUCGUGUUGAGAUCAACACUUUGGACAUCAUGGAGGGAGCCAACCCAUCUGCUCCAGAAGCCGCCGCCCUCGUCUCUGAAGAAGACGUCCGUCGUCGUGUCUCAUCCAGUGGAAUCUGCUUGACACCAAUUGGAUUCGCUUCUUUCCUCGGAAUCGGAACCGUUGUUGCCACUGCUCUCUCUGCCACAAUCUUCUACGUGGCUCGUCCAACUUCCCACAAACACUAA